AUGUCGUUUUCUCGAAUAUAUUUCAUUCAUUUCUCUUUCUAUUUCUUCCUUUUCUUCAUUUUCUUCCUUUCUUUCUUAGAUGUGUUUUUCUGGAGUAUAUUUCAUUUCUUUCUUUAUUUCAUUUUUUCUUUCUUUUUUUCUUUCUUCUUUCUUUCUUUCUUUCUUUCUUCUUUCUUUCUUUCUUUCUUCGAUGUCGUUUUCUCGAGUAUAUUUCAUUCCUUUCUUUCUCUAUUUCUUCCUUUACUUCAUUUUUUCUUUCUUUUUUCUUUCGUUCUUUUUUUCUUUCUUCGAUGUCAUUUUCUCGAGUAUAUUUCAUUCAUUUCUCUCUCUUUUUUCCUUUUCUUCAUCUUCCUUUCUUUCUUUUAUUCUUUCUUCGAUGUCGUUUUCUCGAGUAUAUUUCAUUCAUUUCUCUUUCUAUUUCUUUCUUUUCUUCAUUUUCUUCCUGUCUUUCUUAGAUGUGUUUUCCUAGAGUAUAUUUCAUUCCUUUCUCUCUCUAUUUCUUCCUUUACUUCAUUCUUUCUUUCUUUCUUUCUUUCUUCGAUGUAUCUCUCGAGUAUAUUUCCUUCCUUUCCCUAUCUCCCCCUUUUCUUCAUGCAUUUUUUACUUUCUUCGAUAUCUUUUUCUCUCUCUAUUUCUCCCCUCCUCGCCCGGUCGCUCAUUCUCUCCUUGUCGCUAACAGUUUAUAAUGGCUCGUAUGUCUUGUCCUCAUUCACCAUUUCAUUCAAUCCUUUAACUUUGUCUUCCUUAUCUUUGCAAUGUCUUGCUAUCUUACUCUCAUUUACCAAACAAAUGUCUGCGUGGACCGAAGCACACGAUCCAAUCCAUGUCAGUCAUUAUUUUUACUUCCCUGAAUCGUGUUUGUUCUUUUAUUAUUUUUUUUCUUCCUCAAUCUAUCUUUUAUCCGUUUUUUUAAUUCUUUGCUUACUUUUUUUCUCUUUAAAAUACGCUUUCCUUUCUCUCGCUUUUUCUUUCUUUCUAACGAUUUCUCAUUAUUUUUCUCUUUUUCUCCCCCUCUACAUUUCAUUGUUCAUUCGUUUUUUAUUCACGACUUUAUUAUAUUGUCUUUCUCUUUCAUUCUUUUCUUUUUUCUAUCACGCAGUCUUUCAUUUUGUCUACUGUACUAUUUUUUUUUUUAUUCUUUUUCAUUUUCCUUCGUUGAUUCUUUCUUUCUUGCUUCGUUUCUUUUCAUUUUCAUUAUUUUUGUUUUAUUUCAUUGCUUUUUAUUUUUUUCUGUCUGUCUUUCUUUCUUACUUUCUUCUUUCCUUACUUUCUUUUUUUCUUUCUUUCUUUCUUCCUUUCUUUUGUAUUCUUAUUUUCUUUAAUUAUUUCUUUCAUUCUGUCUUUCUUUCCGUUUUUGCUUUCAUUUUCUCUUUUUUUUUUCUAGUUUUUUCAUUGUUUUUAAAUUCAUUCCGGUCUUUCCACGUAGAAGGUUUUAUUUUUUUUCAUUCUUUUCUUCUUCUUCUUCUUCUUCUUCUUCUUCUUCUUCUUCUUCUUCUUCUUCUUAAGGUAAUACCUUGUAGAAUUGAACAGUCAGGUAUUAUUUAUUUUCAUUCUUUUUUCUACUUUCUUCUUCUUUUUCUUCUUAAGAAUGAACAGUCAGGUAUUAUUUAUUUUCAUUCUUUCUUCUUCUUUUUUCUUCUUCUUUUUCUUCUUCUUCUUAAGGUCUUUCGUCCUCGUCUUGAAAAAACAGACAUUCUUUAUUUUUUCUUCUUCUUCUUAACUUCUUUCGUUGUAAUCUUGAACAGUCAAAUUUUCUUUAUUUUCCUUCAUUUCUUCUUAAGGAUUUUUAGUGUAAAUUUGAACAUUCAGAUUUUCUUUAUUUUUCUUUCUUUCUUUCUUUCUUUCUUUCUUUCUUUCUUCUUAAGUCUUGAACCGUCAAAUUUUUUUUAUUUUUCUUUCUUUCUUUCAUUUUUAUUCUUCUUAAGUUAUUUCCUUGUAGUCUUGAACAUUAAGAUAUUCUUUAUUUUUCAUUCUUUCUUCUUUCUUUCUUUCUUCAUUCUUUCUUUCUUUAUUUCCUUCUUUCUUUCUUUCUUUCUUCUUCUUAAUUCAUUCUUUCUCUCUUCUAAUUUUAAUUCUUCAAAUCUUUCUUUCUUUCUCACAAAGUUCAUCAUUUCUUCCUCAUUAUUCUGUUUCACCAUGAACUCUUUUGUUGAUUUUUUCAUUAUUUUCUUUCUUUCUCUCUUUCUUUCUUUCGUUGUCUCUUUCUUUUUCAUUCCAUUCUUUUCCCUUUUUACAUGCAAGAUUUUCUUUCCUCCUUUCUUUCUUUCUAUCUUUCUUUCUGUUUUUAAACUCAGCUCAGGUUGUUUCUUUUUCUAUCUUUCUAUCUCUUUUAUACAUGAAAGAUUUUCUUUCUUUAUUUACUUUCAUUCUUUCUUUCUUUUUUUCUUUCUUUCUUUCUUCAUGCUUAAGUUGUCUCUCUCUUUUUUCAUUCCUUCUUUUUCUUUUUACAUGAAAGAUUUUUUCUUUUUUGCUUCUUUAUUCAUUUAUGUCCAAAGUAAACUAUUCCUUCUUUCAUUCCUUUCUUACCUUCUUUCUCAUUAUUCUGUUGAACCUUUUAUUUAUUUUUUCAGUAUUCUCUUUCUUUCUUCCUUUCUUUCUUUCUUUCUUUCUUUCUUCCUUUCUUUCUUUCUUUCUUUCUUUCUUUGA